ACCGUCGGCGAAUGGUAUAGUUGUGUGUGUGCUAUUUCUUCGAGGGGGACAGUUGUCUGGCGAUGUGGUCCUCAUUUUCCAGUGAUUUUGCCGUUAUUUUCAUUGGUUUAACGUAAAAACCGGUAGUAAUUAUGUACCGGUUUUGAUGGCGAAUGCCAAGUGAUAGUUUGCGUUAAGAAAUUUGAUAGAUUUCUCAGUGAAAAUUAAAAGUGACAAAAUUGAUUUCAAAGCACGCUGCUGGUAAUUGGUAGCAUCUUCAAAAAUACGCGUUCAUUCUUUACCGGAGUAUAUUUUGGACCCAGCGGAAGGUUCAUGAGAACAUGUUGAGCAAGGUGUUGCUUUUUUUCGUCGCUCUGCGGCUGGCAUCGGUCUUUCUUGUUAGAACAUGGUAUGUUCCGGAUGAGUACUGGCAAAGUUUAGAAGUUGCUCAUCGUCUUGUGUUCGGGUAUGGACAUCUCACUUGGGAAUGGACGAAAGGCAUAAGGAGCUACGUUUAUCCAUCAGUGAUUGCACUACUGUACAAGCUGCUUGCUCUGGUGAAACUGGACACUGUAGAGUUGCUUGUGCUGCUGCCUCGUGUUCUCCAAGCCCUUCUGUCGGCUUACUCCGAUUAUAGGUUCUAUAUUUGGUCGAACAAGAGCAAGUGGUCCACUUUCGUAUUGGCGAGUUCAUGGUUUUGGUUCUACACCGCCUCCCGCACGCUUUCCAACACACUGGAAACGUCACUGACCGUCAUCGCUCUUAGUUACUUCCCAUGGGCCGCUACGGAGAGUACUACCUUCCUGUGGCCGGUAGCAUUAUCUGUGUUCGUUAGGCCAACAUCAGCUAUUCCGUGGAUUCCGCUAUGCCUGUACCAUAUGAAAAAGUCCAGUCACCCUAUUUGGGAACUGCUGUUGAAGCGAUAUCUUGUAAUCGGAUUCAUUGUGGGGACUUUCACUGUAGCCAUCGACAGCUUUCUUCAUGGUUCUCUACUCUUGUCGUCUUAUAAUUUCCUUCAAUUCAAUGUUCUCAAAGGCAUAGGCAGCUGGUAUGGGGAACAUCCUUGGUAUUGGUACGUUAACGUAGGAUUGCCGACGAUUCUGGGAGUCGGAACUUUACCGUUCUUACUCGCUGCCGUGGAAACUAUACGCAAUAGACAAGUUUAUCAUGAACGCUCCGUACUACUUGUAGCUAUUGCCUUUACGCUAGUAGUUUAUUCGUUGCUUCCACAUAAAGAGUUUCGGUUCCUCCUGCAGAUUUUACCCUUGUGCCUGUACCUUUCUGGAGAUUAUCUAUCGCGAUGGAGUCGAAAAGCAUCUGGGAAACUCGUUUGGUUUGCGGCUAUUGCGCUGUUGAUUGGAAAUUUGGUGCCAGCCGGUUAUCUAAGCUUCGUGCAUCAGCGAGGUGCUCUAGAUGUCAUGUCCUCGUUGCAAUCUAUAGCACGCAAUUACCGAGAUGAAUUUAAUCUACCGGCAAAAAUUUUGUUUCUUCUUCCUUGCCACUCCACGCCCUUCCAAAGCCACGUGCAUCAUAACACCUCAAUGCGUUUCUUACGCUGCGAACCAAAUUUUGCUAAUGAUGAAAGUUAUGUGGACGAGGCAGAAACUUUCCACCAGGAACCUACAAGUUGGCUUCGCAGAAAUCUUCCAGUUCAUCCCAGAAGCGCACUGCCGACACACAUCGUUGCAUUUGAUACGCUGGAACCGCAAAUAAAGGAUUUCCUCGCAAUGUAUGAACAGAAAGAGUCGUUCUUCCAUUCAGACUACACAACCGACAGAAUUGGAGCUAAUAUUCUCAUAUACGAGCGGUUCAAUCCUAACAAAGGUACCACCACUACUGCAGUACCACCAGUGCAGCAGGACCCAGUUGAGCAACAAUCUGCCGAGCUAGAGAACGAAGGCUAAGAGCAAGCUCAAACAUUUUAAUAGAAUUAAUAUUUCGUGUGUAUUUGACUGGUUUUUGAUUUCAAUCAUAAUUAUGCUGAGUUAUUGCAUGUGGUUAUAUUUUGUGAGUCCCUAAGACAAAUGAGGCAAUAAUGAACCUUAGGUGUAAAAUUAAAUGAUUUGGUAGGCACUAGUGCGUAAGACUAUUGACGUACUUUAUCUUUCUUCGGUAUAAUGAAAGCUUUCUUUAGAAAAGAAUAAUUUAGCUCUAUGGGAGCUAGGCUAAGUGUAAUAAAAAAUUAAAUUACAAACUUUUAAAUAGCAUCCUACAUAUAAUUUAAGUUAAGAUGUAAAAGUUAAUGACUGCAUAAUAACUUGCACUAGCUUUUAAUUUGUUUUUAUGUGUCGAUGUAGUUUUAACGAACAUUAAUUUUACAUGCGUAUUGAGAGUACAUACAUAGUGAAAUUAUUGUGUGGUCAUUGCUUUAGGUUACUAAUUACACACAUCCUGAGUCUUGCUUACCAUAUUUUACUAAAUAAAGUGUUCAUAUUUUUAAAAAAUAGAUUUGUUGAAAUAAAUAAUUUAAUAGAGAACCUU